GCAGGAGGAACCAAAACCUCCAAAACGUCAAAGGAUCAUAAAAAGCCCACGGCAGCCAUCUUGAAAGGAGCCAUCCAGCUGGGCAUCAGUUACGCUGUGGGAAACCUCAGCUCCAAACCAGACAGAGAUGUCCUCAUGCAGGACUUCUCAGUGGUGGAGAGUGUCUUCCUGCCCAGUGAGGGCAGCAACCUGACUCCUGCACAUCACUACCCAGAUUUCCGACUGAAAACAUACGCCCCGCUGGCCUUUCGCUACUUCAGAGAGCUGUUCGGCAUCAAACCCGAUGACUAUUUGUACUCCAUCUGUAAUGAGCCUCUGAUCGAGCUGUCCAACCCCGGCGCCAGCAGCUCGUGGUUCUACCUCACCAGCGACGAUGAGUUCAUCAUUAAGACGGUGCAGCAUAAAGAGGCGGAGUUCCUGCAGAAGCUGCUGCCGGGUUACUACAUGAAUCUGAAUCAGAACCCGAGGACGUUGCUCCCCAAGUUCUACGGUCUUUACUGCAUCCAGUGCGGCGGUUCCACCGUCCGCGUGGUGGUGAUGAACAAUGUGCUGCCGCGAGCCAUGAAGAUGCACUACAAGUACGACCUGAAGGGUUCCUCGUACAAACGCCGCGCCUCACGCAAAGAGCGCGGCAAGUCCUCGCCCACGUUCAAAGACCUGGACUUCCAGGAAAUGCACGAGGGCCUGCACUUUGACCCAGAAACAUACAACGCCCUGAUGAAGACUCUGCAGAGGGACUGUCGGGUCUUGGAGAGCUUCAAGAUCAUGGACUACAGUCUCCUGCUGGGGAUUCACGUUUUGGACCGGAAGCCUCUGAACAGAGGAAGCCGACUGGACAGCAGGAGAGGACAGAAAGUCCUCUACUCCACCGCCCUGGAGUCUAUCCAAGGGAGCGUGAAGGACCCUGAACCUGUCGCUGAUGACGACACAUUUGGUGGAAUUCCUGCCAAACAUAAAGAUGAGAACCUGCUCAUCUUUUUAGGAAUCAUUGACAUCCUUCAGUCCUACAGGUUCAUUAAGAAGGUGGAACACUCCUGGAAAGCUCUGGUGCACGACGGGGACACGGUGUCGGUUCACAGGCCCAGUUUUUAUGCAGACAGGUUUCUGAAGUUCAUGGGCUCGACUGUGUUCAAGAAGCUUCAUCCUUUAAGAGGAGCGUCUUCAAAGAGGAAGAGGGGCUCCCUCUAUGCAGUGAAAUCAGCCUCUCAGGAGGUUCUGUCUCCACAGAAAGAGGAGAAGAAGGAGGAGAAGAAGGCCCAGAGCAUGGACAACCUGGAUGGAAACUUUUACAGUUCCUCCAAACAACCAGAUCUUCUCCCGAAAUCUGCCGUGUCCUUCGAGUCCGGACAAAACAAUCAAGAGGAUGUUGAAAACAGUGAAGAUCGACGAGACUCCAGUUCGACGAUCGCUCUGGACGAUCCUCUGCCGUGUCUCAGCAGAAGCCAAUCAGACUCUGAGCUGGACAUCUACUUGCAUCACACAGACUCACCCAGGCGACUCAGCUGGAGUUGAUCGGUCGUUUGUGUCCAAGCAUCCAUAAACUGUAAGCAGCAAGUAACAUCCACAAACUGAUUUUUACUCAUUUCUUUUUUUCUCUCAUGCUUCUGUUGUGGAUAAGACACUGUUUGAGGAGGUGACGUCAGGUUCUGAUGACUUUCAUCUUCUUAUAACAUUCUUCUUUGUUGGUGGCAGCUCCACUGGCAUCCUGUGACGUCCAUACCGUAUGACUCAGCAGAGUCCCAUAUGUGUGUGUUUCAGCCUGAGAAACUUCCACGAGUUCCCUUUUCUACAGCACUUUCUCUUACAUAACCACAAAAUCCUCAUUCAGGCUUAUUCUUCAGCCCUACAUUAAGCAGUCCUACCCUGUGGGAAGCCUCCAGACGUCGGAGUUAAUCUCAUCUCUGAGCCUCUGACAGAAAACAGUGGAAUUCAUGAGCUAUAGAGAGAGUGAAAAGGAAAGUUAGGCCAUGGAUUUAUCUGCCAGCCUCCACUUGAACAUGCAGAUUGUCUUAAACGAUCUGUUGUUUUUAACCUUUAAAGGAGUGAGUGUGAGGACUAAUCAUGGAUGGAUUUUUGUUUUUUCU